ACUGUGUACAUUGCAGAUAUGAGAGCGGAGAGCCGCGUGGAGAAGCCAUUGCCGAUUUACGUGCCUAGAGACGAACAGUUCGAGGAAUGCAAGAUGAACACAUUCUCCACCGGGCGACUGAGGGCGGUGCUCCACAACUUAAUCCCACUACUCAAAGCCACCAUCUCCCCGUACAACCGCGACUUCAAAACCUUCACCGACAUCGAUAGCCUCUACAAGGAAGGGAUUCUGCUCAAAUUAGGAUUGCAAGAUGAAAUCCUCAAAAAACUUACUUUGAUCGAGUCCAGCGAAGGACUUCUCAAAUACGAAACCCCCACAAUUGUUUCCAAGGACAAAUUUGCCUGGCUCCGAGAUGACGAAUUUGCCCGCCAAACUCUCGCCGGAAUUAAUCCGGUAAACAUCGAAAGGCUCACUGCCUUUCCUCCGGUUAGCAAACUGGACCCCCAAAUUUACGGCCCACCAGAUUCGGCCCUCAAGGAAGAACACAUCCUCCCCUACCUCGACGGAAUGUCAGUACAACAGGCCUUGGACGAGAACAAGUUGUACAUAAUAGAUUACCACGACGUUUACCUACCGUUUCUUGACCGGAUCAAUGCUCUUGACGGCCGGAAAGCGUAUGCCACCCGUACCGUAUUUUUCUUGACGAAGGGUGGGACUCUUAAGCCGGUGGCAAUAGAGCUGAGCCUCCCUCCAGCAGGGCCUCGACCGUCGAAGCGCGUGGUUACGCCUCCUGUGGAUGCCACCAGUAACUGGAUCUGGCAGCUUGCUAAGGCCCAUGUUUGCUCAAAUGAUGCUGGAGUCCACCAGCUUGUUAACCAUUUUCUACGUACACAUGCAUCCGUGGAGCCAUUUAUUCUGGCAGCUCAUCGGCAACUGAGUGCCAUGCACCCGAUAUUCAAGCUUCUGGAUCCUCACAUGCGGUACACCUUGGAGAUCAAUGCCUUGGCUCGCCAAGCUUUGAUCUCUGUAGAUGGUGUCAUAGAGAAUUGUUUCACUCCCGGCCGGUAUGUCAUGGAGAUGAGCGCCGCUGCUUACCGGGAUUGGCGGUUUGACAUGGAGGGCCUCCCUGCCGACCUCAUCCGUAGGGGCAUGGCAGUUCGUGACCCAACACAACCACACGGGCUGAAGCUCAUACUUGAAGACUACCCAUAUGCAGCGGAUGGGCUCAUGAUCUGGUCAGCCAUAGAGAACUGGGUCCGAACCUACGUGGAUCAUUACUACCCUGAGUCAAGCCUUAUUCGCGGUGACACAGAGCUGCAAUCCUGGUACGCUGAGUCCAUCAAUGUUGGCCAUGCCGAUAUUCGACACAAGGAUUGGUGGCCCAAGUUAAACACCCCAGAGGAUCUAGUCUCCAUCCUCACCACCAUCAUUUGGCUUGCCUCGGCACAACAUGCUGCCCUCAACUUCGGGCAGUACCCUUAUGGAGGUUACGUGCCCAACAGGCCACCCCUGAUGCGGAGAUUAAUUCCGGACGAGAACGACGUAGAAUACCCCAAUUUUGUAGCGGAUCCACAAAAAUAUUUCCUCGCCGCGUUGCCAAGUUUAUUGCAAGCAUCAAAGUUCAUGGCUGUGGUGGACACAUUGUCGACACAUUCACCCGACGAGGAGUACCUAGGGGAGCGGCAGCAUCCGUCAAUUUGGUCCGGCGAUGCUGAAAUAAUCGAGGCAUUCUAUGGGUUCUCGGCAGAGAUCAGACAGAUAGAGAAAGAGAUUGAGAAAAGGAACAGUGAUCCUAGCUUGAAGAAUCGGUGCGGGGCAGGGGUGAUACCAUACGAGUUACUAGCACCUAGCUCGGAGCCCGGAGUUACAUGUAGAGGGGUACCAAAUAGUGUCUCAAUUUGAGCCAAAAAUAGCUGCUUUUCACCCAAUCAGGUCAUUUGUAAGUGUCUAUGUACGUAGAUGCCCAUCUAAACUUAAAGAUGUAUAUGGGAACAAUUUAAAAUUUUCAAAUAGUUUUUUUUU